AGUGUCGCGUCCGCCGCCCUUUCUACCUCUCGUCUCCUGGCCCGCCCGUAUCAACAAUGCUGUGCCUCAUGGUCUUCGCGCUCUUCUCCGCGGCUGGUGCUGCCUCCGCCGCCAGGCCUGAGGCGAUGCAGUGCGGCCCUUGCAAUCCCAACCGGUGUCCUGCGAUUGGGCAGUGCCACCGCGGGAUAACCUGGGAUGUGUGCAACUGCUGCGAAGUCUGCGCUAAGGGUCUGGACGAGGAGUGCGGUGGUCCUUGGGGCGCGUACGGCAAAUGCGGGUACGGCCUCACGUGCCUCAAGGAUGCCAGGGAGUGCCCCUACCUGUUCCACCCUCGAGGCUCCGGCGCAGACACUGGCUCAAAUAUUUGCGACGAUUACCUGUUCAAUGCCAUCGGGAGGUGCGUGAGGAGCGAGGAGACGGUGGACUCAGCCUUCAAGCGGAAAGGGAUGAUCGAGCUGCAGCGGGACGAGACGGACCUGGAGCCCGGCAAGAAUCCUCUUCAGAAGGGCGACGCCAUCAUCGGCAAGAGGCUGAUGCUGAAGGGCGUCUUGAGGGGCGUCGAGUAUUAGUGCCUCGGCCCGUUGCUUGUCUGAGGCUUGGGAGGUGACUGGAUGGAUCUAGAGAAUUGUGGCGAAGGGAGAACGGGAAUGUCCUUACUGUCUGGUCGGAGGGCCACUUGCAUUUAUUGUAACACUUGUAAAAAAUUGUAACUUUCUUGUAUAGGACGUGUGAAAAAUACACGCUCAGACUCUUUCCCUGUACUGUUUAUCUGACAACACAUCAUUUUCGUAUGUGAAAACAGUGAUGACAUAUUAUUUAAGUAACAUCAUAAUCUGUUAUUUAACCGUUUUGCCUCCAAAGAGCAGCUAUGGAACCUCUGCAAAUAAAAUCAAAGAUUUACCUUUAUCUUUUAGUAUCAACAAUAACUGCCAAAUAACAGAAAAUACCUUAAGGAUAUUCAAAUUACACUGUUUUCACCAUGGUGUAAUGACAGCUACAUAAAUUGUAAACAAUGG